CUACUUCCCCAAUUUCCAGCCGACCAUGAUUUCAGGAGAAGUUGAACCACCGGAGGGAAAAAGGAUUGAUUCUCAGUCACCGUCGAUUUCAUCACUCCCAGACGAAAUCUUAGAGAAUUGUCUCGCACGUAUCUCUAAAUGGAAUUACCCUAAUCUCUCUCUCGUGUCUAAAAGGUUCCUCUCACUCCUCUCUUCUCCCCAUAUCUACACUACACGAUCUCAAAUUGGAACCAUAGAACCAUGCUUUUAUUUCUGCUUAGAGUUGCCUAAGCACCAAUCUCCCCAAUGGUUCACUCUCUGGAUGAAACCUGACGAAACCCUAACUGACAACGGCGAGAUUUUAAAUGACUAUACGUUGCUUCCGCUACACUCUUCUUCAAAUUCUCCACCUGUACCAUAUGCUUCCACCGUAGCGGUUGGUUCGGAGAUCUACGUAAUCGGUGCACCCUUUGAAUCAACAUCGUCUUCAGCUGUUCGUAUCCUUGAUUGUCGGAGUCACACGUGGCGUGAUGGCCCCAGCAUGAAGGUGGCUCGGGAGGAGGCGACUGCGGUUUAUCUCGAUGGGAAAAUAUAUGUAAUGGGAGGUUACGACGAAGACGACGAGUCCAUGGCUUGGAUGGAAGUAUUGGACAUAAAGACUCAGACUUGGAGUUUCUUGGCGAGCAAUGGAGCCGACGAGUUAAGUUGCGACGAUCGGUGUCUUUCAAUGAGUGUCCUCCAAGGAAAGAUUUAUGCAUUGGAUCAUCAAAAGAUACAUGGGAAGUUGUAUGCUUAUGAUCCCAAAAAAGAUACAUGGGAAGUUGUAGAAACGCUCUCAAGAAGCACAUUGAUAUAUGCUUGGUGUGUGAUAGAGAAUGUAAUGUAUUGUUAUACAGCCUCAAAUUCUUGCAUGUGGUAUGACUCGAAGAGUAGAAAGUGGAGAGUGGUCAAGGGUUCGAAUUUGAAAGUAUUGCUUGAGCGCCGCACAUGUUGCUUAUCACGGGGGUGUGUGGUUGAUUUAUUUAACUGUGGUGGGAAACUUUUAGUUGUGUGGAUGGCCAGAGUUCACGGAGACGAGACAAAACAGAAAAGGAUAAUCAAGUGCACAAAGAUGGCGUUGGAGAAGCGCCAUGGAGGUGAGGUUUGGGUUAAGAUGGAAUGGGAUAAUACUCUUCUUACGGUUCCCAAGUCGGUUGAUGACAUCUUGAGUUGUGUAGUGGUUUCGAUUUGAUGAGUCCUAAAAGAUAGUUUAUUUGAAUAA